AUGACGCCGACUACGGCGACAUGGGGGCUCUCCCCUCCACCGCGUCCAUACGAAUCCGGUUGGUUUCGGAAGGGAGGAGUCAAUUACUUGGUUAUCCCGCACUUCGCUUGGAAGGUCUACAAAAUAUCCAAAGAGCACUGUAUCCCUCAAAGAGUACUGCGUGAGGAGGUUUGGACGCGGGCGGGGGCGUCGGCCUGCGUCGAGUGUGUUGGUGUCGAGGAGGGGCCCGGGUUUGGGGCUGGGUAUAGCGCCGCCGGGGUGACUCCCUAUGAAGAAUCUGAAAAGGGUUCCCGUAAAGCUAUUCGCCUUCAGUGGCGCUCGAUGGUUUGCCUUGCAAUUCUCCAGAGCGUGGCGUGCCGCGAUCCAGUGAAUCUGUAUAUAUCUGCCAACCCCACUGUUCCAUCACUUUUGGAGUGCACCGCUUGUUGGUCAUUGUCGAGGAACCCAAUAACCUACGAUAAGACAAUUCUUGACACUGGCUCUGAACUCUUCGUCUUCAUCGCAUAUAACAUUGAUAUAACCGUCGAAAUUGUCGCUUUCGUCGAAUACGUCGGGCGUUGGCCAGGAGUCUGCGUCUGUGUGGUUCCAGCGGUUCCGUUCAUUUGCUCAGCCAUUUGUUCCUUCUGGACGUUGUGCGGCUUCCACUGGAAAGUAGCCCAGGUCACCUUUUGGGCGGUAGUGGUGAGCUCCGCCCCAGGGGGUAUGCGAAAAGGAUGUUCCGAGGCGUGGCAAGCGCAACGAGAAAAGCGCAACGAGGAGUGCGAAAUACCGUUCGGCGGAGGCGUCCUCCUUCAUAUGUUGCGUAAGGACCGAAGGACUUCGAUAGCGGCAGCGGCUGCUUCACAAAGACUUCAGCUAAGGAGCGUCCGCUGUGUCCAUCUUCGGUCUCUCCAGAGUACGAUGAGCAGUGCUGCACAGGAAUGGAACGGGGCGUGGCCCGACAGCGUUUCGUUCCUUCGGGGAGUCAGGCCGCAAGUCAGGCUUCUUAACUGCUCCCAUCCCGGACUGUGGGACACCGCCGACUCUCUGUGCGAAGCGGAGAGGCGAUCCCGUCAUUCCGAGCUGUUCGACCGGGGUGGUUUAGCAGCUUUCUCAGGGCGCAAGGGCGUCUCCACAAUAUGCAAGCUCCUCCUCUAUGGUGACGCAACCCUUCUGUUGAGGGAGGGUUGUCUGAGGACCGACUUAUGA